GAAGCUCAGAUUACUGGCUGUCAUAUUCUUUGUGACAUGGGAUAUUCACCACUGUAAUACCGAAAUAACUAAAUUGGCUGCCCCCCGUAAUGUGACAGUGACCUCUAUCAAUAUGGGUGCAGUUGUAGAAUGGACAUCUCCACACAAUUCCAAGAGUAACGUGACUUACACUGCAAGAUACCUCCUAAGAAAUGAAAAGAUUUAUCUUUGUAUGAACACCAAAGAGCUCAAAUGUGAUGCAGGAAAGCUACCAUUUGCGUUCGGGAGCUACAUUUUCCAAGUGCGGGCAGAGGAUCAGGGGCUAUUCUCUGAAUGGGUUAACACAUCAGAAUUUGCACCUAAUAAGCACACUUCCAUAGGACCCCCUUCUGUGUAUCUUGUCAUCAGAAAUAAUACCUUGGAUGUGCUUGUUCGAGACCCAGUGCUAAAAAUAAAAAAACUUGCAGAAAUUUAUUCUAAAGUGUCCUACAUCAUCAAAUACUGGACCGAAGGCUUUGAAGACAUGGUGACGGAGAAGAAGAUUAAUAAAGAAGACCAAGAAGACGAUGUUAAAUGGCGCAUUAAAGGACUAAACUUAUGGAGCAGAUAUUGUGUUACGGCGUGUGUGGUACCCAAAGGCUACAGAAAUAAGCCAGAGUUCAGUAGUGCUGUAUGUGUUAGCAAUACACCUGUGUUGACCAGCUGUGUGAUCGCUGCUGCCAUCCUCCUUCCUUUGGUGAUCCUGGCCGCCUGGUUGGCCUAUAAAGGGAAAAGAUUCCUUUAUCCCAAAAUCAAAGUACCAGAUUCCAUUACGAAUCCAUUUGUACCAUCAUUUUUGACUGUUGAGCCAGUGCACCACACCCCACAUGAGAAAGAACAGCAUGAUAAAAUAAGUGCCAUUUCUGAGGACCAUCUGCAUGAGGAACUCAGUGAGAAAACCAAAAACACAGAGGACAAGGUCUUUGAGUUGUUGUGUGAUCAUGGCCCAAUACAAGAGAUGGAAGAGGACUACAAGCUUCUGAAUCAAAUGCAACCUGCACCUACUUUUUACCCAAACCAUCUCUACCCAUUAUGUACGAAGAACACGCUAUUCACUCAUCUGAAUCCACCCCGCUUUGCAAGCUCCACUGGUAAUCAACAUUACUACUGCAACUUAGCAGCGACCAACUCUGAUCUUAAACGUACUAAUUGCGCUUUCUGAAGUCACUAACCAGUUGAGAUGCAUUUGAUAAAGGAUGAUCUCCUUUGACAAUCUACAGCAAAUAUUCAAAACAACAUUGUUAUAUUAUGUCUAUAGAAAAUAAUUUAUUGUAUAUAAUAUUGUUUACUUGUGUUGGUAAUUGUCUGAUUUUAUAUAAACUUAUUUUCAUUUUAAAAAUGCCUUAUCACUUAUUUGUCACAAUA